AUGAUAGGCCGAGGUCAAACCACCGACAAGGUCGGGAAAGGCGCUGUCGAGAACAUGUCCGGACGGCAAGGCGGAAAGGCGAAGCCACUGAAGGCGCCAAAGAAGGACAACAAGGAUUUGGACGAUGACGACAUCGAGUUCAAGAAGCGACAACUUGAAGAAAAGAAGAAGCUCGCCGAAGCAGCGAAGAAGGCCGGCGAGAAGGGACCCCUCGUUGGCGGUGGCAUCAAGAAAUCCGGCAAGAAG